AUGCCUCUCUUCCUAACGGAAGAGGAGUUGCAGGCGGUGGAGGGCGAUGUCAGGGCUGUUGCGAGGAAGGCGGAGGAGCAAAUAGGUUCGCUCCUCCGGCAGCUAGAGACGCAUAAGGCGCAGGCGGACGCAGCGGAGAUCAACGCGGAGCAGACGUGCUCGCUGAUCGAGCAGAAGUACCUCGCGGUGACGGACGAGAACGCGCAGCUAGAGCGCGAGAAGGGAUUCCUCACCGCGGAUCUCGAUCAGAAAGCCGCCGAGCUCGCGGAAAUUAAGGCGCAGGUUCAUCGCCUGCAGCUGGAGGGGAUUCAGGGGGAUGGCGAGAGGGAGAGGCUGAAAGCGGAGCUGGCGGAGGCGCAGACGAGCCGGCGGGACCUCGUGGACGUGAUCGAACGGAAGAACCUCGAGAUUGACGAGAAGAACGCGUCGCUCAAAUCGUAUCUGGACAAGAUCGUCUCCCUGACUGAUUCGCGGACUGAGUUGGAGGGUCGGCUGAGGAAGGCUGAAGCAGAGGCGUCCCGCUGCAAGGCCGCCGUUAACCGCCACGUGCAGGAGAAGGAGAUUUUGGAGGAGCACCUGGCGUGGCUGCGGGAGGACGUGGCGGGGAAGGCGGGCGCGCUGCAGGAAGAGAGGCGCGCGCGCGCGGAGGGUGAGGCGGAGCUGCGCAGCAAGCUGCUGGGCGCUGAGCAUGAGCGCGACGACCUGCGCGCUGCUGAGGCGCGCGCUCAGGCGCGCGUGGCGGAGCUGCAGGGGAUGGUCGCGCAGCUGCAACAGGAGGUGAAGAAGCGAGCAGAGGAGGAGGCGCUGCAUGAGAGCCAGCUGGCGGCUGAACUGGAGACUGCGAAGAAGCUGGUGGAGCUGUACAAGGAGAGUGCAGCGGAGGCAGGUGAACGGGCGGCAGACCUCAAGGGCGUUGUGAAGUCACUCGAGGAUCAUCUGAAGCAAGUGGAGGAGGAGGGCGAGGGUCGGGUCAAGGCAGCCGAGGAGGCAGCAGGGAAGCAGCAGCAGGAGCUGCAGAGGCGCUGUGAUGAGCUGCAGAAGAGUCUUGACGAGGCCAACAAGAAGGCUGCUGCUGCCUCUGAGGCAGCUGCCGCUGCAGCAGCAGCUGCUGGCGCUGGUGGCUUGGACCUUGUGCCUGCUGCUCUCCCUGCCGCCGCCGGUCCCAUUCAACCCCUGGACAGGCAGCUGGCGGCCGUGCUGCAUGGGGGGGGCAGUGUGCCGCCAGCCCUGCCGCAGGGCGUCACAGGAGUGGCCCUCGCCUCCUACCUCGUCAAGGACGGCUGGACGAUGGCAACGAUGUACGAGAAGUAUGAGGAGGCAGCAGAUGCCUGGCGCCAUGAGAGGCAGCAGCGGCGGCAGGCAGAGACUCUGCUCAACAGGGUGUUGAGGGAGAUCGAGCAGAAGGCAGGAAUGGUGCUGGAGGAGCGAGAGCAGCAUGCGCGCAUGGCCCGUGCAUACGACGUCAUGCAGGACAAGCUGGCGCUGGCGGCGCACCAGCAGGCUGCUGUGGAAGCAUCGUUGGCUGAGUGCCGGGCGGAGCUGCGGGCAAGGGAGAGGGACGUGAGCCUGCUGUCCACCGAUGUGGCAGACCUGCAGAGCCAGGUGACUGUGCUCCUAAAGGAGCUGAGGGAUGUGAGCAUGCAGCGUGCUAAUAACGAAGCCACUGCUCCGCCCACCCCGCCACGGCCCUCCUCGUCAGACUUCGUCUCCGUGGAGCAGCUGACCAUCACGGACAUUGGGGGCCUGGUGCAGGCCAACACGUCGCUCCGCCAUGCCCUGAGGAAGCUGCAGGACGACUACAGCACCCUGGAGCCGCGGGUCAAGGCUCGGUUUGAGGAGGAGCUGGAGAGGCGGGCAGCAGCGAACGCCAAGGAGGUGGAGCGGGUGGUGGGCAUGUACAAGGAGCAGGAGGAGCUGGCACAGAGGCACAAGGCUGCUCACGACAUGUUCAAAAUGCUGUAUGACGAGCAGCAGCAGCGAGUGAGGGCCCUGGCAUCAGGCACCGCUGCUGCUGCCCCCGGUGUUGCUGGUUCUCCAGCAGCCAAGGGAGCGCCUGCCGUGCCCAUGCUCUCCUCCCCUCCACCUGAUGGUCCGGACUACAAGACUCUCUACACAGCAACGCAGGAGGAGCUGGAGAGGCUGCGUCAGGACCGCAAGCAGCACAUGGACGAGCUGCAGGAGGCCCUUGAUGCUGCCAGGAAGGUGGCGAGUGAGUCGCGAAUGGAGCGCAUGCGAGCGGAGGCAGAGGCGCAGUUCACCAAGCAGCAGGCAGAGGCACUCGAGAAGACACUGGAAGAGGAGCGCAAGGUGAAAGAUGCAGCAGUGGCACGCAGCAGUGAGUUCGCAGCGUCGGUGACGGCGCACCAGAGGCAGCUGCGGGAUGCUGAGAGGCUGCUCGCUGCCGCUGAGGAAAAGGCUACCCGUGCAACUAUUGAGGCAUCGGUGUUGGAGCGAGAGAAGGCUCUGCUUGCGGCAGCAGAGGAGAGGGCGACAGCAGAGGCAGGGAGUGCGCUGGAGAGGAUGCACCGCGUGCAGGCGGCUCACGACUCACUGGAGAGCACCCAGGCUGCCCGCGAGGCCAUGUGGGCCGCUGAGAGGAAGCGGCUUGAAGACUCCAUUGACCGCAUGCAGUCGAGCGCUGGAGGCAGAGAGAGACCACUCGCGGCACGGCACCAGGUGGAAGGCAGAGACAGGGCAGCAGCGGAUGCAGAGGCAAAGCUGAGUGCAGCGUGGAAGGACGUGGAGCAACUCAAGCAGCAGCUCAGCGCUGCUGUUACCAGUGGAGGCCUGGGACAAGGGAACCUCCCUCCGUCUCUCAUCUCUCAUCUCCCAUCUCCUGUCUCUACCCCAUGCGAAUCCCGUGCUCCUCCCCUCCCGCAGCGCGAGUGGGCAGAGGCCAGUCGCGCCCUGGAAGCCGAGAGGGACCACUCGCGACACCUGGUGGAGGCCAGGGACAGGGCAGCAGCGGAUGCAGAGGCAAAGCUGAGUGCAGCGUGGAAGGACGUGGAGCAGCUCAAGCAGCAGCUCAGCGCCGCUGUCACCAAGGCUAAGACUGCAGAGGCGCGGUGUGAGGAGCUGCAGGCGGGUGUGAAGCGGUUGGAAGCGGUUGCGGCAGCUGCUGUUGCUGGCGCUGGGGAGGCUGGGGCAGCUGGUGGUGCUGGUGCUGGUGCUGCUGGUACUGCUGGUGGUGGUGGGAAGGAGGGCGAGGGCAUGGAGGAGGAGGACGUGGAAGAGCGGUUGCACAAGGCAGAGGAGGAGGUGCAGCGGCUCAAGGAGGAGCUGGAGGCGUCCCAGGGGUACCUGGCUCAGGUGGGUGUCUUGGGGGACUCGCAUUGCAUUUGGGGUUCGCUUGAGAAAUCUCAAAGGUUGCACAAGGCAGAGGUGGAGGUGCAGCGGCUUAAGGAGGAGCUCGAGGCGUCCCAGGGGUACCUGGCUCAGUACAAGGCAAUUGGAAAGGCCAACGAGGAAGCACUAGAGCGUAUGAUGCAGCAGCACAGCUCGUUCAAGGAGGAGGCUGAGAAAGAGCGAGCUGCAGCAGCGGCAGCAGCGGAGGAGCUGAGGGGGAGGGUGAAAGAGGCAGAGAAGCGGGCUGCAGAUGCUGCGGCAGCGGCAACAGGGCUCACGGAGGAGCAUGAGAGGGCGUUUGCUGAUGUCAGCAAGAAGCUGGAGGCGGCUGCUGUGGAGAGAGACGCCUUCAGGGCGCGGGUGGAGGAGAUAGAGUGGCGGGUGGAGUCAGAGGCAAAGGAGGCAUCGGAGAUGCGCCAGAAGUGGAGGGAGGCUCAGACCAACUACGAGCGACAGGUCGUGCUGCAAGCAGACACCAUUCGCCAGCUGGACGGCGUGAGUCAGACGCUCAACGCCGCCCAGGCAGGGCAAAGGGAGUGGCGCAGCAAGGCAGAGAAGGCCGAAGCAGAGCUGACCUCCCUGCGGGCCGAGUGGGAGACAGUCAAGGGGGGGCUGGAGGCUGCACGGGCUGCUGCAGAGGGGAAGGCAAAGGAGGUGGAGGCUCAGAAUGUGAUUCUGCUGGAUCGGCUUGAGGCGCUGCGUGUGGGGACGCCUGGCAAGGCUGGUGGGGUUGCUUCGCCUGGUGUAGGGAGGAGGAGAUUUGCUGCCUCCCCGUCGCCGGGUAAAGCGGGUGGAGCAGCAGGAGGGACAGGAGCAGCUGGAGGAGGAGGCGGAGGGGCGGCGGCAGCAGCAGUGGAAGGGGAAGGGGAAGGGGAAGGGGGAGGGGGAGGGGAAGCGGGGGUGGGGGAGGACGGAGGGCUAGCGGAGCUGCAGGAGGUGGUGCGGUUCCUGCGCCGUUCCAAGGAAGCUUCCGAGAUGGAGCUGGCUCUGCUGAAGCAGGAGCGGCUGCGGCUGACGAAACAGGUAGAGGCUGCAGAGAGAGAGGCGCAGGAGGCACAGCAGCAGCUGAGAGAAGCGCGGGCGCGGGGGGCUGCGACGGCGCAAUCAGAAGGGGAGUUUGCGGCACUGAAAGCACAGGUGGCGCAGGUGAAUUUACUCAGAGAGAGCAACGCGAUGCUGAGGGAUGAGAGCCAGAGGAACUUUGCGGAUGCGGGCGAGUGGCGGGAGAAGGCGCGGCAGGCGCAGCAGCAGGUGGGGCCGCUGCAGGCGGCGGUGCAGCGGAGGGAGGCGGAGGUGGCUGCGGGGAAGAGGGAGGUGGAGAGUGCAAGGGAGGAGGCGGGGCGGUGGCAGCGGCGCGUGCAGCAGCUGCUGGAGAAGUACAAGGCGAUCGAUGUUGAGGAGUAUCAGCGGCUGCAGGACCAGCUGCAGGUCAAAGAGAAGCAAGCGGAGCAGCUGGAGCAGGAGCUCGCAGAGGCGAGGGGUGCGCUGGCAGCAGCAAAGGCUGCAGCAGAGGCAGCAGAAAAGGACAAGGAGACGGAGAAGAAGCGGGCGGCUGCUGAGCUGGCGAAGCUGGAGGCGCAGCGGGCGGCACUUGCGGAGGAGAAAGAGAAACUGGAGAAGGAGCGGACGGCAGGAGGGGAGGAGCUGAAGAAGCAGCUGGAAGCGGCGAAGGAAAACGAGGCGAAGCACAAGACUGAGUUUGCCAAGCUUAGGAACACAGCCAUCAAAUUCAAGCGCAACGGCGAGCAGCUGAGCAAGGAGAAGGAGGAGCUGCGGCAGGCCAAGGAGCAGCAGAGCAAGGAGGCAGAGGCAGCAAAAACCAAAGCAGCAGAGCUCGAAAAGCGCAUCGCCGACCUUGAAAAGAAGCUCCAGACAGCCUCUGAGGCAUCUCAGAAACGAGUGGCUGACCUGGAAAAGAGGCUUCAGGAGCAGUUGGCAGCGGGUGCAGCGGCCAGGAAGGCGGAGGAGGGGAAGAGUGCUGCGGAGGCAGCUUCUGGGAAGCAGCAGGCGGCGGUGGCGGAGGGGAUUCUGAACUCCCGGAUUCAGUUGCUGCAGAGGCAGCUGGCAGCAGAGAAGGAGAGGCGCACCAAGAACCUCAAGAGCAUCGUCGACUCGUUUCAGCGCGCCAAGGAGAGUUACGAGACCAUCUCUGUGAGGGUGGUGGCAGUGGAAGAUUGGAUCAAGCAGCAACGCCAGGUACCAUACGUGUGCCCCGUCUCCCCUCGACCGCCCCUCUCAGUCCCUCUCUUCUCUUCCCCUUCGUUUUCCUCCUCCUUUUUCUUCCCUCCACGCACUCUCUCCCUUUUCGUUUAUUGA